AUGGAGAGUAGCCUUCUCUUCCUGUUUUCUCUCGCACUCUCACUCACACUGCUACUCCCAUCGCGUUUUUCCUCGGCUCAGAUCAUGCAGGGUUUUGUAAGUUUGGACUGUGGAGGUACAGAAAAUUUCAAUGAUGAAAUUGGUCUUGAAUGGACUCCUGAUGAUGAGCUUACUAUUGGAGAAAUAAGCACAAUAUCAGUUGCAAAUGAGACACGGAAGCAAUACAUGACACUACGACACUUUCCUGCUGAUUCCAGGAAAUACUGCUACACACUUGAUGUUGUCAGUAGGACAAGGUACCUGCUGAGGGCUACAUUCUUGUAUGGGAACUUUGACAAAAACAAUGUUUAUCCGAAAUUUGACAUUUCUGUUGGGGCUACACAUUGGUCUACUAUUGUUAUAUCUGAUGCUAACAGUAUAGAAAUGCGAGAGCUUAUAUUUUUGGCUUCAAGUUCUACUGUGAGUGUAUGCUUAUCAAAUGCAACAACCGGGCAGCCAUUCAUAUCUACGCUCGAGCUUCGGCAAUUCAAUGGUUCAGUUUAUUAUACACAGUAUGAGGAACAAUUUUACCUCAGUGUCUCUGCAAGGAUAAAUUUUGGUGCAGAGAGCGAUGCUCCAAUCAGGUAUCCUGAUGACCCUUUUGAUAGAAUUUGGGAGUCUGAUUCUGUGAAGAAAGCAAAUUAUCUUGUUGAUGUUGCUGCUGGAACUGAGAAAAUUUCUACCAACAUACCAAUUGAUGUUAACAGAGAUGAAAUACCACCGGUGAAAGUGAUGCAGACAGCCGUAGUGGGUACAAAUGGAUCUCUAACUUACCGGUUGAACUUGGAUGGUUUUCCCGGUACUGGUUGGGCAUUCACCUAUUUUGCAGAGAUUGAAGAUUUGGGUCCUAAUGAGUCCAGAAAAUUCAGGCUAGUACUUCCAGGCCAGCCUGAUCUCAGCAAGGCUAUUGUAAAUAUUGAAGAAAAUGCUCAAGGGAAAUAUCGCCUUUAUGAACCAGGAUUUACCAAUAUAUCCCUACCCUUUGUGCUUUCUUUUAGAUUUGGCAAGACAUCUGAUUCUUCCAAGGGACCUCUCCUAAAUGCCAUGGAGAUAAAUACGUAUCUGGAGAAAAAUGAUGGUUCUCUAGAUGGAGCGGCUAUUUCUGGUGUACUUUCACACUACUCUUCAGCAGACUGGGCGCAAGAAGGAGGUGACCCAUGUCUUCCUGUUCCAUGGUCUUGGGUCCGCUGUAGCUCAGAUCCUCAACCAAGAAUAGUUUCAAUCUUGUUAUCCAGUAGAAACUUGACUGGGAAUAUUCCUUUGGAUAUCACCAAAUUAGUUGGUCUGGUUGAACUAUGGCUUGAUGGAAAUAUGUUGACUGGCCCAAUACCAGAUUUUACUGGAUGCAUGGACUUAAAGAUCAUUCAUCUUGAAAACAAUCAGUUGAUGGGUGUGCUCCCAACCUCUUUGGUGAACCUUCCAAAUUUGAGGGAAUUGUAUGUGCAAAAUAAUAUGUUAUCUGGAAAAGUACCAUCAGAUCUUCUGAGCAAGGAAUUGGUUUUCAUCUACUCUGGAAACAUUAACCUUCAUAGAGGAAGCAGAAUAAAGAGCCACAUGUAUGUUAUUAUUGGUUCAGCAGUCGGGGCUUCUGUUCUACUUUUGGCUACUGUUAUAUCUUGCUUAUUUAUGCAUAAAGGCAAGAGAAGAUAUUAUGAGCAAGACCACAUCAUCUCUCUCCCUACUCAAAGGCUGGCUUCUUGGAAGAGCGAUGAUCCUGCAGAAGCUGCUCGCUGCUUCAGUUUUUCUGAAAUUGAAAAUGCUACAAAUAAAUUUGAGAAAAAAAUUGGUUCUGGUGGUUUUGGAGUUGUGUACUAUGGGAAAUUGAAAGAUGGAAAAGAGAUAGCAGUUAAAGUUCUAACCAGUAAUUCCUAUCAAGGCAAGCGAGAGUUCUCCAAUGAGGUGACUCUUCUCUCAAGAAUACACCACAGAAACUUGGUACAGCUUCUUGGGUAUUGCCGGGAAGAAGAGAAUAGUAUGCUUAUUUAUGAGUUCAUGCAUAAUGGCACUCUCAAGGAACAUCUUUAUGGCCCAUUGGCGCAUGGACAGAAUAUCAAGUGGAUUAAGCGACUUGAAAUUGCAGAAGAUGCUGCCAAAGGGAUAGAAUAUCUUCAUACAGGUUGUAAUCCUGUCGUUAUCCAUAGAGACUUAAAAAGCAGCAAUAUUCUUCUUGACAAGCACAUGAGAGCCAAAGUUUCAGAUUUUGGUCUUUCAAAACUUGCUGUUGAUGGAGUCUCCCAUGUUUCAAGUAUAGUUCGCGGGACAGUAGGAUAUCUGGAUCCUGAGUACUAUAUAUCCCAGCAGCUGACUGACAAGAGUGAUGUUUAUAGUUUUGGCGUAAUUCUUCUUGAACUCAUAUCUGGUCAAGAAGCAAUAUCGAAUGAAAGCUUUGGUGUUAAUUGCCGAAACAUAGUCCAGUGGGCAAAAUUACACAUUGAGAGUGGAGAUAUACAAGGUAUUAUUGAUCCCUUGCUACGGAAAGACUAUGACCUACAAUCAAUGUGGAAAAUAGCAGAGAAAGCAUUGAUGUGCGUUCAACCUCAUGGACAUAUGCGGCCAUCAAUUUCAGAGGUUCUAAAGGAGAUCCAAGAUGCAAUAUCUAUUGAGAGAGAGGUUGAAACAUUAAGGGAAGGCAAUUCGGACGAGAUGCCAAGAAAUUCUUUUCAUUCUUCCAUGAACAUGGGUUCAAUGGAUCUGGGUGGAGCUGAGAGUUACCUGUCAAUUGAUGAAUCCAUUGCACAGCCUACGGCAAGAUAAAUCUCUCUUGUGAACAAGCACAAUAUUUUCCUAUUUAUUUUUUCCUCUAACUUUAAUUUUUCUCUUUCCUUUUUUUUGUCUGGAGUCCUUGUUCAGUUAAUCAGUUGUUCAUAUUGGUCUAAUGUUUGAUGCCCCCUGCCAUCCAAAUGAACAGUGUGUAUGUAUACGGAAGUUUAUAUGUUCUGCUUUUGCAAGCAUCAAUGGCAUUGUGUACAUUGA